AAAACCAUUAGCGUUGUAUAUCUCUGUAUAUUUUGGAGAUGUGUCGUGUUGUCAUGAUUGAAUAUUCUGAUUGUUGUCAUUUCAUUCUCGUUUAAUGUCUUGAAAAACAUUACAUCAGCUAUUAGAAUAUUGUCUAAAAAGAUUGUUUAUCUUUAAAAUAUUACAAGAAAAUCCAUGAUUCUGCUGUCAUGUAGUCUGUAGUAAAUGAGCGAUGUUUAUACAUGAUCCAAAAAUUUUUGAAGCUAUUAUUUUAUUAGAUUAAUCACUGAAGUUAAUGACAAUAUUUUUGGUUAAAUCAUCCAAAAUAUGCACAUGAUGUUUUCAUCAAAACAAUAAUGAACGAUUUAAUUGAAAAACAUGAACAGUAAGAACAUCGUAAAUCUUCGAAAAUAUUUUUUUAGCUUAAGAGUCCAAAGUUUUUUCUACACAGAAUAUUAAUAUAUGUGUGUGAUUAUUGACUUUUCAUCAUUCACUAAAAAAUGAUUAUGAAAUUUUGAAGGACAUACAUUUAUUUAUUGAUAAAUAAAAUAUCCAAAUUAUUAUUUACCUGAAAAACAAUUAAAAAAAUAAUUUAUUUCAUUGUUGAUAAUUAUUUGCACAAAAAUAAAAAUGAGCAAACGAUCAAAAGCCAAAAAGAAGCAAGCUUUGAGUGUUUCAAAAGAUGAAUCAGGCAUGGAGUAUCCACUAGAUAUUUGGUUUCUUAUUUCUGAAUAUAUUCAACCAGAAGCAGUUGGAAAAUUCGCAAGUAUUUGCAAAAGCUCAUAUUAUGUAGUACAAACUGGUAAAUUUUGGUUUUCUCUGUACAAACGAUUUUACAAACCAGUACCUAAUUUACCAGAAAAAUUGAAGCCUGAAUUUAUGGUCCAAUUAUGUGGCUUGCGAGCCUACGUUAUACGAACAUUACAUUACACAUAUUUUUCGUCCUUGAAGAAAGUAAACAGGCCUUAUUUAGAUCAGGAUCAACCCCAUACUCUUGUAAAAAGGCGGUGUAAUUUAAUGUGGCAUAAGAGUAUUGAGAAUCGAUGGUAUUUUUAUUUUAAACUUGAAGAAGUGACUGAUCGACGUAGUUAUUCAAGAAUAGAAAAUAUAAAUAGUUGGGACUGUGAUAUCGUAUCUGAUGAUAAUUAUUCGUUUGAUGAUGUUUGGAAAAAUCCGGAAGAAAACUGUCGAAUUUUAAGAGUCACUUGUAUUAAUUACGCAAUGAUUCCACUUGUGGCUGGAUUAAUUCUUCAAUCGGUAAAAGUAGAUCUAUCACCAGGAUUUAAAUACCAUCGAAUCACUUUAAACUUUGGAAGUACUUAUAUACCAAAAACACCAACUCAUACAAUAACUCUUAGCCAAGUGGUUGAUUAUAAAGUUUUAGAUUGGUGGAAUCCAUGCUAUCCACAUCAAGACAAGAUAGAUUUCUUCAUGCCAUUUACUGAAUCAUGGGAUUCAUAAAGUAUCAAAGCUUAUCUUUAUUCAAAUCAAGUAAAUAAUUUUACAGAGUCCUCCAUUUUUAUUAAAAGUGUUUGCAAAUAGUUAUUGUUUAUUCAGAGUUCAUUGUCAUUUAUUGCAAAAAAUAAAACUGAUUUAUUUUGA